GUUGCCAUGGAGACCUGCAGGAGCAGCCAGAGAAAAAGAGGGUGAGGGGAGGGGCAUGUGAGGGAGAAAUAGAGGAGAAAGACCUGGUGGGGAGAGAAAGACAGAGGGAGGGAUAGAGCGAGAGGAGAGAGAAACAUACUGCAAGCAAUUGAAGCAUAGCCAGUCUGCAGAAAGGAGAAGGUGUAUUGUAAGAGAGAAUAAAGGUACAUGUUCUGUUAGCAAUAGCUGGGUGAGAAAAAUAGAGCACAAAAUCGGAGUACAACAGAGAAGAGUAUAGAGACUCAAAAUGGAUAUACAGUCAGAGAGUAGCGAACUCUCGCCGUGCGACCCACAGCCUGCUGGAAAAAUCAGAAAGGCCUUCAAGCUGUUUGGGAAGCGCAAGCCAGGCAGCAUCUUCUCCAUGCGCGGCAAAGGCGAGGGGAACAACAAGUCACCUAUCGCCAGGAGCAAGACAGUGGAAGGAUUAACGGAGUCCGCAGCAGCAGAGCAGGAGCUGGAGAAGGAGACUGAGAAGGAGGAGGAACCAGAGGUGAGUCACAGAGAGGAGGAGGAAGCCCUGGAGGAGCCCCUGGGUGAUGCUGGAGAUCCCUCCAUCCCUUCUGCUGGCCGUCCCUCCAUCUCCUCUAUGACCUCUGCCAAAUCCCUCAGCUUCCURAUGAAGUUGCGGCGCAGCCGUCGAGGAGGACCAGACCGGAGGUUCCGUACAGAGUCCCAGCCAAAGGUACGCCAGCGUCGGGGCCUGAAGGGUCUCUUCAACARUAUGGCGUGGAACCAGCGAGAGAAGGAGGCCAGGGACGAGGCCGAGACCCCCCCGAGCCCCCUCCUCAUGUCGUCCCGUACAAACAGCGUGGAGAUCAUCAAGGAGGACAUGACUUUGACUCCCAGACCUGCGCCUCGCAGCCAGGAUGUCCCAGAGCCUGAGCCUGGACAAGAGUCCCCUGUUUCAUCGAAGAGCCCCACAGUGAAGGAGAGCUCAGCCUCAAGCCCAUCAGAGACGACGGCUCCCUCAGUGACUACAGACAGUGUCACUGAAUCUAAUGAGGAUGUACUGCCGCCUCUGCCCACCACUGAACCACCACCCUUGGAUCCUGCUGUGGAUCGUCUGAGGUCGCUGCUUGCAGACAUCUCCUCUCUGAUAAGCUUUGACUCGUUGACAGGAUGUGGAGACAUUUCUGCUGAAGUGGAGGCGGAGUGGGGCAAAGCCUGCCCUACUGUCGGGACCGGACCUGGGACCAAGGGAGCUGUGGCUGGAGAGAAAUCCUCAUCAACUACUCUUUCAGCAAAACCUACCCCUAUUUCUAAACCUACCCCUAUUUCUAAACCUACCCCUAUUUCCAAACCUACCGCUAUUACUAAAGCUACCCCUUCACCUACACCAACCCCUGUUCCUACUGCUACUACUAAAUCUAGUCCAACCCCUAUCCCAACGCUUACUUCUAAAUCCAAACCUACCCCUUCCUCUUCCCCCACCACUAAACCUACCCCCACCUUUACCCCUACAACCAAACCUACCCUUUCACCUUCCCCCACCACUAAACCUAUCUCCACCUUUACCCCUACAACCAAACCUAACCUUUCGCCUUCCCCAACCACUAAACCUACUACUCCAACUUUAACCCUACAGACCAACAUCCUUUUCGCCUUCCUCACCACUAAACCUACCUCCACCUUUACCCCUACAACUAAUCCUGAACCUACCAGCUGGUCGAUCAAACCUGAACCUACCCCUAUUGUGAUGAACCAAUAUUCUCAACUAUCCCCAAACAACUAUAAACUAGCUACCACUAAAUCAAGCCUUACCCCUUUAAACAAAACUCUACCUUCCACCAACAACAAAAUCCACCCCAGCCCUGCCCUGUAUCCAAAACCUUCCCAGUAUUACCCCACCUCCUGCCCCCUGCAUCCAAACCUUCCCCAGUAG